CACUAGCAAUGAAAAGUUGUAGCCGCAAACUGUUUGCUGCAUCGAUUGUCAUUAUUGGCCUCCUCGGUGUGCAAAGUCAGUCAAAUGUCUGUCAGAAGAUUGUUGAAGAAUCCGCACCCAAUUAUUGUGAACAGUGGGGUGAAAAACACGUGGCCUGCAAUCCCAAACAAGGUGACAUCAAGUGUGGUAAAUCGACUGCUGAGCUUUCGGACAUAACGGAUCGGAUGAAAUGGAAUAUAAUAAGACAACACAAUACGUACCGCAACAUGGUGGCAAAGGGUACCUUUACGCUGAUUCCAAUUGCGGCACGAAUGCUCAAAAUCAAAUGGGAUGAGAAUCUGGCUUAUGUGGCCAGUCAGGCGAUAAGAAAGUGCAAUCUAAGCAUACCCAAUGAUCUGAUCUAUCCAACAACGAAUGCCUCAAAGCCAGGCUACAAUGCAGCCUAUAAUAAAUAUCCCGAGAGCCUUCCUCAGGAUGAAUUGAAGAUCGCAAGCUCACAGAUAAAGUCUUGGUUCAAUCAGAACAAAUAUGUUAACGUCCAGGGACUUCGCACUAAUAAAUCAGCAGCUGGCCAGGAGAUUGGCCACUUCAAACAACUGGUGACUGGCUUGAAUGAUCGCGUGGGCUGCGCAAUUCUCAAAUAUCCCGAAGGUUCGUGGCGCAUUCAGUUGAUGAUUUGUUUAUAUGGCUGCCACCAGCAGGACAAUCAAAUGACUUAUGCUUUGGGUAAAGUGCCUGGCGAUAAAUGUCAAUGUGGUGCGGAUAAGAAGUUCAAGAACUUAUGUGUCAAAACUGAACGAUAUGGUGACUGUGCUCUCAUCAAAGAUCACAAUCUAGAAGAUGCAGAUCUGGAUGGAACAACAACUACAACUGCUCCGAAAACAACGCGAAAGCACAAACGUUGGAAUAAUGAUCUGCUUGAUAAAAUGACAGAGUGGGUUUUAGGUCAAGAAACUGCGAAGCUUUAAUGUCGGAAAUAAGCACAAAAUUGUUUAUCCCCAGAUACCAAGUUGAAUAUAUCAGAAUUGUGUUUUUCAAUAA